CUCUGACCUCACUGAUCAGAGUAACAGGAUCAGUGUCUAUAUUUACCUGCUGAUUACCUGACUUCCUGUUUUGAGUCUCGCUGCACCAUGUCUCUGAGCGCUGAGGAUGCCUCCCCCCCCUGGAGGAACAGCAGCCUGGUGCUAGGGGGGGGGCGGGACCCCCCUCUGUCCGACCAGGGAGAGACCAUCAUCGGGGUUUACCUGCUGCUGCUGGGCUGGUUGUCCUGGUUUGGGAACAGCAUCGUCCUGUUCGUGCUCUGCAGGCAGCGCUCCGCUCUGCAGCCCUCAGAUUUCCUGACCUUUAACCUGGCCGUGUCGGACGCCAGCAUCUCUGUGUUCGGGUACUCCAGAGGAAUCAUCGAGAUCUUCAACGUGUUCCAGGACAGCGACUUCCUCAUCUCCUCCAUCUGGACCUGCCAGGUGGACGGUUUCUUCACGCUGCUAUUCGGUCUGAGCAGCAUCAACACACUCACAGUGAUUAGCAUCACUCGCUACCUGAAGGGCUGCCACCCCCACAGAGCUCAUCACAUCAGUCUGGGCAGUGUGUUCGUGGCUCUGGUUCUGAUCUGGAUCACUGCUGCAUUCUGGGCCGGCGCCCCUCUGCUGGGCUGGGGGAGCUACAAAGACCGCGGGUAUGGGACCUGUGAGAUCGACUGGUCCAAGGCGAGUCACUCGCUGGGCUCCCGCUCGUACAUAGGGUCUCUGCUGCUGUUCUGUUUCUUCCUGCCGGUGCUGCUGAUGCUCUUCUGCUAUGUGUCCAUCAUCAACACCGUGAAGAGAGGAAACGCCAUGACCGGGGGGGGGCUGAGCGACCGGCAGAGGAAGAUCGAGAGGGAUGUCACCAUCGUUUCCAUCGUGAUCUGCACGGCGUUCAUCCUGGCCUGGUCUCCGUAUGCCGUUGUGUCCAUGUGGUCGGCUUGUGGUUUCCACGUGCCGAACCUCACCAGCAUCUUCACCAGACUCUUCGCCAAGUCGGCCAGUUUCUACAACCCGCUCAUCUACUUCGGCCUGAGCUCCAAGUUCCGGCGCGACGUGGCGGCGCUGCUACCCUGUGGCCGCCGCGUUAAAGACGGCGUGAGGCUGCGUCAGUUUAAGCCCCGCGCCGACGCUCGCCUCCGGGGGAACCGCCCCGGUAGGAAGUAUUCGCCCCGGCCCCCCCCGAAUCCCGACCCCCGGGGGGGCAGCCCGCCCUGCACCCCCCCAUCUGCCAACCAGGAAGUGUUCUUCAUCAACAUGCCCCACUCCCCUGAAGCCGAUCCCGAGUUUGAAUGUGAGCGACUGUAAGCGCCGCCCCUUCUGGUCCACAAUUGGACCUUAUCUCAAUAUAUAUAUAUAUAUAUAUAUACAAG